AUGUCUGCAUUCAACCUGCUGCAUUUGGUGACAAAGAGCCAGCCAGUGGCCCUGCGAGCCUGUGGGCUUCCCUCAGCUUUCCAUAAUGUGUAUCACCAAAGAUGUACUACUACAGAUGUCUGUUCAUGUGAUCCGAAAGAAAAUAAUAGGUCAUGUAGGGAUAAAAAGGACUGUAAGGUGGUCUUUUCCCAGGAGGAGCUGAGGAAGCGGCUGACACCCUUGCAGUACCAUGUCACUCAGGAGAAGGGGACUGAAAGUGCCUUUGAGGGGGAGUACACACAUCAUAAAGCUCAAGGAAUAUACAAAUGUGUUGUUUGUGGGACUCCUUUAUUCAAGUCAGAAACAAAGUUUGACUCCAAUUCAGGUUGGCCUUCCUUCUAUGAUGUGAUCAGUCCUGAUGCAAUUACUUUCAAUGAUGAUUUCUCCUAUGGGAUGCAUCGGAUUGAAAUAUCCUGCAGUCAGUGUGGUGCUCACCUGGGGCAUAUUUUUGAUGAUGGACCUCGCCCAACUGGCAAACGGUACUGCACAAACUCUGCUUCGUUAUCUUUCAAGCCAGCAGACAAAAACAACGCCGGAGAAGGCAGCGGUAACGCCAGUCCUGCCCAAACAGGCAAAGCUGAGCUGUAG